AUGGAAACUACUACAAAUACAAUUCCAACAAUUUUAAUUAUUGGAGCCGGUAUAGGUGGACUUAGUUUUUAUCAAUCUGUUCGAAAAAAUCUUAAUCAAAAAUUUAAUGUUAAAAUAUUUGAUCGUGAGACUGGUCCUAAAGAACGGUGGCAAGGUUAUAAUAUCAAUAUUAAUAGACAAGGUGUCACAUCUUUAUUCUAUUGCACACCAGUUAAUGUUCAAGCUCGAUUUCCCGAAGCAAUGCCAAACCCAGUUCCUAAGGAACGUCAUACUAUAACAAUCACUGAUCAU